UUCUCAUAUUUGCUUGUUCCACAUAAUGUCGUCGAUCAGCAGCGCUGAGAAGAAAACUUUUAAGACUUCAUAAGUGAGCACAGACACACACCAGAUUUCAGAACCGCGGCCUAACUAUUGCUUAUGUUAAUAAGCAUAAACUAGUACUGCUACAUCUGUCACAAUUGUUAUUGUUUUUCAGAAAUAUGCAUACAAGCGCAUUCGAAACUGCAUUCGAAAUAAAAUCAGCGGAGAGUGCACAUCGUUAGAUUAGUACGGUGCAAAUACAAGUAUCUCGACUAAAAUGCCUGGAGUGUUUAUCCACAAGUACUUCGCUGCAUUGCUGCUGCUCGUCUGCACAUACGCCGAUGACACUAAAGACCUCGAAAUAGAUAUGGAAACUUUGGCUUCCCGCAAUCAGUUGCUGGACGCCAUGUUUGAAGAUUCACUCGCUAUAAACAGUUAUGUUUUUGCAAGGAGUGAGGAAAUGUGUCAGAAGCUAAUCCAAGCGAAGAUACACAAAUAUGAAACAAGCGUAGAACCGGAGACUCGCGCAUGGAUGCUGAGUGAUUGUACUAUUCGCGUCGUGGAGCGCUUAGAUCCCAGCGCCAGUCGGCGUGGAAAUCAUCCAGAUGAUAUCCUGUUACGCGAGUAUGGAUUUGAUGAAAUUCGGAAGAUUGUGGAUCAAAAACAUGAAGACUUCUACAAAGAAAUUGUGCAGCGCAUUGAUAAUUAUGUGAACGGUUUGACGCCGGAGCAGCAGAGAAAAAAGACGGCACGAAAUCUGAAAAAGUGGUCAAGAAAAAUUAAGAAUGCCCGAAAUUUGUCUAAGAAAGUAAUUGCUUUCGGAAAAUGUAUGCGAUUCUAUUAUUUUGAGAGGGGAGUUUAAUGUGUCUAUUUUAAAUGUGUGAAAUUCAGAAUAAAGUUUUAA